GCUCCGUAUUGAGUGCUGGGGGUGUGCAUGUGAAUUCUUCAUCUGGUCUUCUCUGGAAGUGUUUGUGAUCUGGUGGGGAAACAGGCAGACCAGCUGUCAUAAAAGGCUGAGUCAGGUCUUUGCAGCCCGGUGAAGACAGGAUGAACAGACUUCUCCAGUGAGGAUAUUCACUGCCUCCCAGUCAUUCCCCUGAAGGUCCUGACACAGAGGAGGAGCUUAAUGAAUAUUUAUUUAUUUUAAUUUUUUACUAAUCCUGUGUGAAUCUUUUGUUCUGAGCAGUGAGUCACCGCGUGCUGGGAGGUGUCAGGAUGGUGCUUGUCUUCUGAGAAGUGAAUCUGGCUCCCUUACUACUGUAAUGUUUCUGUGCUGACUCAUUUCUCUGGAAGACACGCAUACUUUUCAAUAAGCCCAUGACAGAGGCCUAAGCACAUGGACUGGAGACUGGAAGAGUCACACGUGCUGCAGGAGCAAGACAUCCUCCCAGAGGACACGGACGAAGAUGGCAUCUAUGAAAGCUUCCAGCUUCUACAGAUUGAUGUGGAAUGUGAGCCUCAGGAGAGGGAGGCCCUGCCCACAGGCAGUGCCUCAUGGUGCUCGAAAAAUGUGCAAAGAAAACAGAGACAUUGGGAAAAGAUAGUUGCAGCAAAGAAGAGCAAAAGAAAGCAAGAAAAAGAAAGAAGAAAAGCCAAUCGUAUAGAAAAUUCAGAUAACAGUAACUCAGGCAUCUACCCCCAGCACAGCAAACGUUUCCUGAGAUCCUUAACCAAGGAGAAACUUUUGGAAGCCAAACACUCAGGACCAAGACUCUGUAUCGAUUUAAGUAUGACCCACCACAUGUCUAAGAAGGAACUAAGCAGGCUGGCUGGCCAGAUCCGCAGGCUGUAUGGUUCCAACAGGAAAGCUGACAGGCCAUUUUGGAUCUGCCUCACUGGAUUCACAACAGACAGUCCCCUGUAUGAAGAGUGUUUGAGGAUGAAUGAUGGGUUUUCGAGUUACCUGCUAGACAUAACAGAAGAAGACUGCUUUAGUGUAUUCCCCCUGGAAACCCUUGUGUACCUGACUCCUGACUCUGAACAUGCUCUUGAAGAUGUUGAUCUAAACAAAGUUUACAUCCUUGGUGGACUUGUGGACGAAAGCAUUCAGAAGAAGGUGACAUUUCAAAAGGCCCGAGAACACUCUGUCAAGACAGCCCGCUUGCCAAUCCAGGAAUACAUGGUCAGACGCCAGAAUGGAAAGAACUAUCAUUCAGAGAUAUUGGCCAUCAAUCAAGUAUUUGAUAUCCUGUCCACUUACUUUGAGACUCAAAACUGGCCUGAAGCAUUGAAGAAAGGAGUUUCUUCCAGAAAAGGCUAUGUUCUUCAGAACUCAGUGGAAUGAUGAACAGCCUAAGGCUGCACCUGCAGGAGGUGAAGUUGCUGGAAGGGCCUUGACCAAAGAGUAGAGCAAAGGUGGUGAUGGCACACACUUGCUUUACUUGACAUCUCAGCUCUUCAUUAGGAUGUUACUAAUCACAGGGACUACAUUUUAUGCUCUUUUGUAUUCCUAUAGUGCCUAGCUCAGGAAGUGCCCAGUAUAUCUUAACUAAGUAAAAAGUUUACAUAAUAAGGAAUUAGCCCUUAAA